AUGGACUCAAUAUCAUCACCAAACGAAACUUAUCUACUGGUAAGUGAGAAAAAUGUAGCUGAUGAUCAGGCAGUUUUAUUAAAAAAGAAACAUCGUAAUUCUCAUGGUAUGGGAUGGAUUGUUACCUGUCUCUUUAUUGUCGGUGAGACGGCUGGAGGUGGCCUAAUUGCUAUGCCAACAGCUAUGGUUUCUACAGGUCUUACCGGAGGUAUAGCAGUGGUGAUACUUGGUGCAAUUAUUUGUACUUAUACCAGCCUACAGCUUUCUGAAAACUGGACCAUUCUUCAACAAAGAUGGACAGUCUAUCGAACUCAUUGUCGAAAACCAUAUCCAGUGAUGGGAUAUCGAGCAAUUGGACCAAAAUUUAUGCAUUUUGUUUCAUUUUGUCUAAAUGUAACCAUGUUUGGUGCAGCGGCAGUUUUUUUGCUGCUUGCAGCAAAAAAUUUUGAGGAUUUUCUUCAUGUUUACGGCGAUAUUCGGAUUAAUUUCUGUUAUUUGGUGAUCGUUGUUGCAGUUGUUAUGUUUCCACUCACGCUAUUCAGAAGUCCUAAAGAUUUUUGGUGGGCAGUAAUUGCUGCAAUGGUUACCACAACGACUGCGGUUGUUUUGAUUAUUAUUGGCGCAUCAAUAGAUCUUAAAACCUGUAUUCCUCACAAUAACUAUCCAUCUCCACAACCAUCUCGGUUUUUCAUGUCUCUUGGUACAGUUAUGUUUGCGUAUGGUGGUCACGGAACAUUUCCAACAAUUCAACAUGACAUGACAAAACCUUAUCAUUUUUGUCGAUCCGCUAUUAUUGGUUUUGUAAUAAUAUGUUCACUGUAUUUACCAGUGUCUAUACUUGGAUAUUACUCCUACGGUGACAGUCUUCGUGAUUCAGUCAUUCCGUCAUUACAGAACGUGUGGAUUCAGCAAGCUGUAAAUGUGCUCAUCACGCUGCAUGUGUUUCUCGCUCUAACUAUACUUUUCAACCCGAUGAAUCAGGAGCUAGAGGAAGCCCUUAACAUUCCACAUGAAUUUGGCGUCAAACGACUAAUUUGCCGUACAGCUGUAAUGGUUACGGUAGUCGUAGCAGCUGAGACAGUUCCUGAGUUUGGCGUAUUGCUAGACUUUGUUGGCGGAUCCACCAUAACAUUGAUGGCGAUUGUUUUUCCAAUUGUUUUCAACUUGUAUUUAUACGCAGGGCACAGAAAACACAGUGGAAAACCAGCGGCUGCUGAUGAGACUUGGAUUACCAUGACUGAGAUCUACCGGUACACUCCUAAGGGAAGACUUGCGCUUAAUCUUAUCGUACUUGCAAUUGGAAUAGUUGUCGGCAUGGCAGCAUCUUGGGCAGCUCUGGAAGCGAUGAUUAGUGCUGAAUUUUCGACUCCUUGUUACGCUAGACUUUUCACAGCGACCUCACUUGAAAAGCAGUUUAAUAACAGUACUUACAGCGCGCACGGUAAGGUGAAUUGCUGCGGAAUCUUCAAGAACGUAACCAGCUUAGGACCACCUACAGAAUUCUGCUUAAAACCAGCUUUUGCUAGUUUUGAAUCUUCAAGCGGUUAA